AUGUCCCUGUCCAAUCCCUUAUCCCAUGGGUUGUUGAAAGAUCUUGGCAAACUUGCAGAGUUGAAAGGACGGGGUCUGAUUCUUGACCGUCACUUCGAGACGAUAAAAACACAUGUGAAGGCGGGAAACUCCGUUGCGAAGGAGCGGUGGGACGCCAUCGAGAGCGCGUGGGGGUUGAAGCAGAACGGUAUCUUCGACGAAGGAGAGUGGAUCCCGCAGAUUGAUGGUGAAAUCCAGGGCAUUACCAGCAGCACCCGCCUGUCCUUGUCAUCCCAACAAGAUGCCAGCAGCGCACGAGGUGCUGCUGCACCUUCUCAGCACCCAUCUGCUGCUGCAGCGGGUACCGCGAGGAGGAAGGUGGAUCGAGGGAAGCACGCCAGAGAGAGAGCUGCGAAAGGCACUUUAGGCGGCAUCAUCUGCAACGCGUUCUCGAUUGGCAGCGGACAACCGCAAAUUGAGCGGACUCGUGGUGGAGUGAAAGAGUUCGUAUCCGGUAUCAGCUUCCCGCCUCCUGCCCCGGAGUCCCGCCCAUCCUGCCCUUACUGUCCCAUGACCUUCGUGAACGAGCAAGGCCUUGGGAUCCACGUGAGAACGCAGCACAGCAGUGCAAACAUGUCCAACGGCGUGCGGCUGCGGCGGAUGCUACGGAAGAAUCUCGCAGGGCGUGUCCUGCCGUGGGAAGAAGCCGGGCCUGGGCGUUGUUGGCACGUGAAGGUCGAUGAUGCGACGAGGGCGGCUUCGUUUGUCCUCCAGCGGAAGCGCUUUCUCGAUCUAGACUUGGAAAGCGACGGUUUGAUGGACCGCGAAACCAAGGAAACUCGUGGAGCUCCCAAGCGCAGGCGAUACGACUAUAGGUUCAAAGCCAAUGCUGUCAACCAGCUGCGCAUCCUCGAGGACAACACCGCGGACUUCUGGAUGGAGGAGGAGCGCACGCGUCUUCAGUACUUAGGGGAUCGUCUCAAGGUUCACUACAGCAACGUACGCCAACAGGGCCAAUUGGUGUUGAAAUAA